AUGGCACUUCCUGGACUCGCGCGUCCCAUAAACGCAGCACUACAGUCGCACGCGAAGCUGCUCGUGCUAGGUAUAUGUUUGUCGGUCCACUCGUUGAUCUCAACCGUGCGAGCAACGCCGAUUACUGCUUGGGCGGUGGCUCCCGUGUCUCCCAUUGCAGCGGCAUUGCUUAACUAUGCAAGUGAGCUACCUCCUACGCCGGAUGACCCCAUUCCCGCUGAAGCCAAAAUACGCUUCGAGCAAAUCCUGAGCAUGAUUAUGAUCGCUGGGCUUGUACUCCUCGGUGGUGUGUUUGCGGGCCUCACGCUCGGCCUCAUGGGUCUCGACAUGGUAAACUUGCAGGUGCUCAUGACAUCUGGGACAGAGCAAGAGCGCAAGUAUGCAUCCAAGGUUAGUCGUCUUUUGGAGCGUGGGAGACACUGGGUUCUAGUCGUGCUACUUCUUGGCAACGUUAUUGUGAAUGAAACACUGCCCAUCUUCUUGUCCGAAUUUGGCUCGGGCCUCACGGCCGUCAUCAUCUCAACGGUGCUUAUUGUUAUUUUUGGUGAAGUCGUGCCGCAGUCCAUCUGUGCUCGAUAUGGUCUUGCCAUUGGUGCGAUGUGUGCGCCGCUCGUGCACUGCCUCAUGAUCCUUAUGGCGCCGAUUGCAUGGCCCACCGCCAAGCUUUUGGACUACUGCUUGGGUGAGGAACACGGCACGACCUACCGCAAAGCGGAGCUUAAAACAUUUGUUUCUUUGCACCAGCAGAUUGGUACCGAGCACCUCAACGACGAUGAAGUCACCAUCAUUCGCGCUGUGCUGGACUUGAACGACAAAUGCUUGAAGGAUGUCAUGACCCCGAUUGCCGACGUACACACCCUUUCUGCCGACUAUGUCCUGGAUGAGCCUGCUGUGAAUAUGCUGGUAGAGUCUGGCUACUCGCGUUUUCCCGUGCACGAGCCUGGAAAGCCAGACGCCAUCAUCGGCAUGCUCCUGGUGAAGCGGUUGAUUCAAUACGAUCCAGAAGAUGCAUGGCCCGUGUCUCGAUUCACCCUCACGCCACUCCCGGAAGCAUCGCAGGAACUGAACUUGCUUGACACGAUUAACUAUAUGCAAGUCGGGCGCUCGCACAUGAUCCUCGUGUCCAAGCAUCCUGGCGAAUCGCUCGGUGCGCUUGGUGUGGUCACACUAGAAGACAUUAUUGAGGAAAUGAUUGGCGAAGAGAUUGUGGACGAAACUGACGUGUUUGUCGACGUACACAACAAGAUCAAGGUCGUGCGCCAAAAGCCUGCUGGACUGCGCCAGGAGCAAUGGCAGCCGCUGAUCCGUGGCGUCAUCGAGCGUCGCCGCAAGUAUGGCGGCCCUAACCAAACGCCGUUGCAUAGCAGCUACGGCACCAUCUCACGGUCCAAGCCAGAGAACAACAAGCAGUCCAAGUACGGUGUCGUACCCGCUACAAAGGCCGCGGAUAAAGUCGCUGUCAAGCAGGUUAACAAACCGCACGAAAGAAAUCAGGGCGCCAGCUCGAUCAAACUGUCACAGAGCCAAGUUCUGGACAUGGCCAGUUCGCUGACAUCUUUGCAGGCAUACAGUGAUUGCUCAGAUAUGACCGACACCGACAGGGCACGCAAUCAGCAAUUCGAGUCAGAAGCGGAUUACCAACAGCGAGGCCCCUACAUUGUGGAAAUGGGCAUUGGCCAGAACGAUUCACCCCGCAUAAUUGCGCCGUCGGAUCUGAAUCCACGCCAGGGCGCGUCUCCGGAACGCCAGUAA